ACUAACUGUUGCUCUUCGAGCUGCCACGAAAAACCCAGCGUAUCCCUGAUUUCCCAGUUUGCUACUUCACAAUUCAUUACGCACCGCGGAUAUUUAUGAUCUGCUGUGCCUGGCUGCACUGCGCUGCAUCAACACAACCACUGACACACACAGCACGACCGGAAAACGUGGAGCUUGCUGUAAAAAAUAAAAGUAUGGCCUGGCAAGGUUAUACUGACUCUUCAGGUCAUUCUGUAAUAAUAUGAAUAUUACAGGAAACUGUAGCAAUAAGCUUGAUAUAAUGAUUAGUUAUGGCCUAUUCCAUGCCUAUUAUUCAUUCAGGAGUUCACAAUAAGCGCUGACAAUGAAUAUAAAGACCCUUCAGUUUUAUAGUUGAACUCAAAUAACUCAUUUCUACGUUGUUGACUAGUAGUCGUUUUGUUUUGAAAAUUAUCGCCGGAAGUCCUGAGGUUUGAUUGUGGCUCACUUCACAUUACGCGCACUUCAAUGCCAACUUUCUCAGCGCGCACAGGCGCACUGUUCACUGCCAAACACGGCUGCACUGAACUGAGGAGACUUCACACUGCAGUCACCUCUGAGCAAACAUAUUUAAUGUUUUUUUUUUUUCAACCAAAACACAGAGAUCAGAAGAUUUUGCAGGUUUUGCGCACAGAGCGUCUGGUGACUUGCGUUUUACUUUGUCAGUCACCAGUCGUGUGAAAAAAUCUCGAGCUGGGGGCUGGUUUUUUGGGGGGUUUUUUGUGGCGGACUUGUUGUGAACAUAAUGUGGGGGAUCCAGAGGACGCGGUAUGCGGACUGUAAUGGGUCCGAAGCCAGCGAAGAGACGGAGAUUGUUGUUAACAUUGGCGGGGUGAAACAGGUGCUGUACGGGGACGUGUUGAGUCGCUACCCGGACACCCGGCUGGCAGAACUGGUGGACUGUUCACUCAAGUCCUCGGAGGAAAUAUCUUUACUAUGUGACGACUACGACCCUGACACUGGAGAAUUUUAUUUUGACAGAGACCCUGAAGCAUUUAAGUGCAUAACUGAGCUGUAUUAUUAUGGAGAGAUACACAUGAAAAGAGGCAUCUGCCCAAUUUGUUUUAUGAAGGAGAUGGAGUUCUGGAAAAUCGGCUCUGAUUUCCUGGAUGAAUGUUGUAAAAGCCACCUGAGAGAGGUGGAGGAUGAACUUGCGGAGAUUGCGGAGAAAGUCAAAACUAUCCUGGUGGAUAGAGAGGGAGACCCGUCUGCGGGAGGCUGGCAGCGCUUCCAGAUGUGCCUCUGGAGGCUGAUGGAGAAACCGGAGUCCUCGCUGCCCGCACACAUAAUCGCUAUAGUUUCUUUCAUCUUCAUCCUCGUCUCCUCCGUGGUCAUGUGCGUCGGGACCAUCCCCGACCUACAGGUGGAGGACUCGGAGGGUAACCUCACGGAGCACCCGACUCUGGAGGUCAUCGAGACCGUGUGCAUCGGCUGGUUCACUAUUGAAUACCUCCUGCGUCUGAUCUCCUCCCCUAACAAAAUCAAAUUCGUCCUGGCUUUCAUGAACAUCAUCGACUUCAUGGCGAUCAUGCCCUUCUUCGUGGUGCUGAUUCUGACCUCCUUCGGCGCUGGAGUGAUGGAGCUGGCGAACGUGCAGCAGGCGGUGCAGGCUUUACGCAUAAUGCGCAUAGCGCGUAUUUUCAAGCUGGCACGCCAUUCCUCUGGACUCCAGACCCUCACAUCUGCCCUGAAGAGCAGCUUCAAAGAGCUCGGGCUGCUCCUCAUGUAUAUGGGCGUGGGGGUCUUCCUUUUCUCCGCCCUGGGCUACACCAUGGAGCAGAACCACCCGGACACCUUGUUUACCAGCAUCCCACAGUCGUUCUGGUGGGCUGUGAUCACCAUGACCACGGUGGGGUAUGGUGACGUCUAUCCAAAGACCACUUUAGGUCGGUGUAACGCGGCCAUCAGCUUUCUGUGCGGGGUGAUUGCCAUAGCGCUGCCCAUACACCCCAUCAUCAACAAUUUUGUCCUGUUCUACAACAAGCAACAGGUGCUGGAGACCGCGGCCAAGCACGAGAUUGAACUGAUGGCGCUGCGUUCAGGCGCCGGUGAGCUUAUGGCUGCACCCAGCGCCCAUACACACAUUUGCGGCACAGGGGUCUGGGACAACGCCAUGCGCUCCUGUCACAGUGACACAUACAUCCCCUUACUGAAGGAUCCCCGGGGAGGGGCGGGCAUACAGACCCCCAGCAAGGACACGAGCUUUGAAAGCACAGCCGAGACGACCGAAUAUUUUGUCUCAUGAACAGUUAAGACGAUAAACAAGAGCAAAAACAUUAAUCCACCAACUCUGGGUUAAUGACACCGAGAUGACCUGAGAUUGUAAAUAGCCGCAGUGAUGGUCUCAAAGGACCUUUCAUGUGUUUUGAGAAAUUGCGCCUAUUAAAGGGACAUAUGUGUGAGAUAUUGACUUGAUGAGCUGCUCCUUUGCGCAGUGAGUCCCUGUAGGCUGAGGGGUACUGUUUGAACAGGCAGUACAAUGAUUCCCCCAUGUAGGCUUCUUAUAUAACAACCCCCCCCAAUCCCCAACCCAAACACUCAUACUGUAGACUGCACUGUAGCUUAUUCCUCUGUACAGAAAUAUAUAUCACCAUGAAUGCUUUUUCUUUUUUUAAAUAAUGAAAAUAGGCAGCUCCUCCAGGAGAAAAGAGAAAUGUAGUCACCUCAUGAUAGGUUUGUGAAUCUACAGGCAUCACAACAAAUCUGAAGAAAAACUGAAGGUGUUUUAAAGUGAGAAUUAUAAUGCCAUAAAUUUCAUCAAAGUCUCCAGUAAACACCACAAACACUUUAAAGAUACAUACAAAGAUACAUCUGGGAUGGAAUAUAAAAGCAACAUAUCACCAGGGCUGUUCAUUUCUGUCUCUGCUUCUUGGUAUCUGUGUGAUUUUUGUAACUGACACUGUAUGGUUGUGAGGUAAUGCAUCAGAUAUAAAGCCCCCUCUGCGCAGGAAUGUUAAAAGCAGUGACUGUGUCACUGGGCUGCAAUUCUACUUUGGAUCAUGUUGCCAACGUCGGGACCUCAGAAGCUUCCUUGGCUGCAGGAUAUGUUCCCAUAAUGGGUUUAAAUUUUGCAGCAGCAGCCGUCACCUCUCUGCUCCUCUCCGGAGGUUCAAGUGGAAUAAACUUAGCCGCUGUGGGUGAGGUCAAGGAGCAACAGGCUGGAGAUUAAACAAAAAUAAUUCUAAUGGUUGAGUUAUUAAACUUCCAAGAGCAUUAGGUAGUUAUUCUGAAAAUCUGAAGAGGCAAAGAGGGAACUCGGAUAAAAAUAUGAUUCAAAAUAUAAAUAAAGAGGACAUCUUUUUUCAUUGACUCAAAAUGGCAUGCAUUCAAAAACCAGCAGGUUAUCAGCAUAACACAGACAGUGUAAGAAUAUUAAUGGGGCUGUAUCUGGCUGUGUCUAAACACAUUACUCUUAUUUUAAUGAAAUUUGAAGGUAUAAUGUUUUUCACACCGUGUCCUAUGUUUUAAAAAUGAACUCUAAAUUGCCCUAAUGGGUGCUAUAUUUAAGGGUUAAAUUCUCACAAUUUGAAAGGUCUCAACUCCCACACCAUUAGUCUGAGUGACACGAAACCUGCUGCAUAAAUAGGGCAACCCUUAGAAAUCACAUCAGAUGGCACAGUAGGGGAUCUAUAAUUAAAAUUUGACAUUUUUAAAUUCAAACUUCAUGUCUCAGAUGUCAGUGGUUUGAUUUUAUCGAAACCUGGAGGGAUGAUCUACAGCAUGUCAAGACUGUGUUUCUGUGCCCAGUGUUAUCCUGUGAAAUGUUAUGAAAAAAGCAUAAUGUCUUGAAUGUAAAUACAUUGCCUUGUGCACAAAAAGAGUGAUAUGUUUCCCUCUAUAAAUGAGGUACACAAGGAAGAUGAGGAGAGCUUUAAUAGCAGCAGGUAGCCUCAUGGUGAAAUGGUGGAGUGGAAGAAGGUCUGGGUAGCUGAUGGGUGGAUAUAUUUGCCCUGAACUCAUGGUUAAAUUUGCAACUGUGGGUUAUAUUUAACCAAAAUCUCCCUUAAGACUGAAUUCUUUCAUUCACCUCAGCCAAACUGUACAGUAGUGGUUCCCAGCCCUUUUCAUCAGACACUCCUCCACAGCCUAAAUGAACACAACUUCAUACUAUCCAUUAUGUUUAGUUAACUGUUUGUUCAUUUUUUUUUUUUUUAGCUAUCUGUUAGUCCAGUACUUUUAGCUAACGGUUUAUCCAUUAGGCUGCUUUUAGCAAACUAUUGCAGCUAUUCAUUACUUAGAAACAAACUGUUUAAACCCUUUACACUUUUGGCUAACUAUUUUAGCCGCUGAGCCGUUACUUUUAGCUAACAUAGCUGAUAAGAAUUUCAACUCAUUAAAUUAACUAUUUCAAGUGUCUAUGCAUAAACUGAUAAAUGGUUGGAGCAGUUGGCUAAAACCAUUAGCUAAAAGAAAUAAAAGCAGUACUUUGAGCUUAUUAUUUUAAGCGUUUACUUGCUUUUAGCUAACGGUUGAGAUUUUCUUGCUCACAAACUUGUUUUCAUUUACUCUCAUUCACAACACUGUUUGGGUUUUCUUGAUAACAGAUUUCUUCUGUCUCUUCUUUUUGAAACAAAUCCUAAUUUUGUUUUGUUUUCUUUUGUUUUGUUUUACAAAUUAUAUGAAUUAUUUCACAAUCUUUCUUAUUUACACGUUAGCAAACUACAAGAGUAAAUAGCCCCUGAGGUACAAGUAUCCCUUGUUUGGUAUCAGUGCUGUUGCCUAAACUUGACUUUAACCUUCCCUAAAAUAAGUUCACGCUUACUGAAAAGGUUAAAGCUGUGUGUACACAUUUUGUCACAAAAUACAAUUGUAACAAAGGAAUGUAAUCUUCAUAUUAUUAUAUGUUAGACUUGCAAACACGUUAUGUUGGUUGUGGCAUUGUAAAAUGACAGUGUUUGGCCUGAUGAGGGAGCUACAAGUAAAGGUCAAAAAUGUGAAAUUUGAAGUACUGUGAUUACUACAUCACCUGUCACAUUUAGAUGGAAUGAGGAGGGAUGAUACAUUUUGCUGCUUUACUGACGGGGUGUCUGCAUCAAUCACUGGGACAAGAUGUCAGUUUGUCUGAUGAGGAAGAGGGCACUGAUUCAGUAUUAGCUCCCUCUUCAGUAAUGUUUUCCACAGAGCUCCAGUCUAAGUUAUGUUCCCUGAGAGAAAGAUCAUGAAGGAGGUCAGGCAGGACUCCGCAGGCUGUCCGCCCACGUAUGUCCUAUACAGGACUCUGCUAUCUCUCCUGGCCAGCAACAGAUUCACACAUGUCAAAGCCUGGGAGAAAGGCCUUUGUACACGCUGACAGGUGGAGCUGGAAUGUCAAAGGCGUGUAUUGUGUAACGGAACAAUGUUCCUCCAGCAGAUGCACAUGCAAAUACACAUGCACCUUCACGUUCAAAUUUAGAUUUACAAGCAUACACACACACACACACACACUGGCCUAUACAAACAUCCCCCCCUCCUCUCUGCCGCCUACCUACAAGUGAACACAAAUAAUUGCACACACACAUACUCCUUCACCCAUAUACCCAUCGCCGUGUGUGGUCUACUCUGCAGUGACCUGCUGUGAUCUGCUGGCUAAUCACCAAUUUUUACACCCACAUGUUGGUCAUGUGGCAUUCAGUGGGUGUUUUAGAUAAGAGGUAUUCCUGAGCAUUUACACGAAACUGUGCUCAUCAUUAUCUCUCCACCAAAACAGUUGCAAUUAUUGUGAGAAUUUCCAGGUUGUUGCUACUGACUCGAUGCAUUUUUCUAGACGGUUGGAGUUGUUAUAUCCUGAGACAUUGUUUUUACGGGUGGGGAUGGGUCUAUUUUUUGACUGUCCUGAACAUAUGGCGGGCAAGCCUGCAUUACUUGACUCAUACAGUACGGCUUUGAAGAGAAAGUUGUCUGAUGCGUGUGCAUGUGCAAAACAGAUUGUUCUAAAUCCUCUAAACAGACUAAAAUGAUUACAAGUGGUGUGGCUGUAUGCUAGUGUAAAGUUCUUCGGAUUGUCCAGCUGAGCAUUAAAUAACUUUCCUGUUUGA